AUGACGCAAGGUCCAAAGGUUCGGGUCGCUCUUGUCGGCGGAGGCACCAUCGCCCCUUUGCACGCGGAGUACCUCAUGUCCUCACAAACAUGCGAGCUCGUGGCAAUUGUGGAUCCAUAUCCUCCGGGAUCUAUGCUGGCGUCGGGACUGUCACUUCCGCAUUUUGAGUCUAUCACGGCGCUUUUGACCUCACUACCGGAUGCACCAGAGGCCUAUGUGAUAUGUGUCCCUUCGAGCCUUCAUGUCUCUGUAGCCAGAGAAGUCAUCAAUCGAGCACAACCCAAGGCUCUACUCGUCGAGAAGCCCUUUGCAACAGAUUCAAAAUCCGGCGCAGACCUACUCGUGCUAGCAAAGGAGAGGGGGUGCAAGAUACUAGUUGGGCACCACCGCCGAUUCCAUCCAUCGUUGUCAACUGCACGCUCUGCAAUCGAAAGUGGCAAAAUCGGAGAGAUCACGGCUAUAUCAGGGAUGUGGACAGCGAAGAAAAACGAUAGAUACUUUUCCGAGGCCGUUUGGCGAGGCUCUCGUUCUGCCGGCGGGGGACCGAUUUGGACGAAUUUUGUGCAUGAUAUAGACGUCCUGCAUUUCCUCACAGGUGCCAAGAUCACCCGCAUUUGGGCCACCGACACUCUAGUCAGAAGGGAGCACAAGAAUGUGGCCAUCGACGAUACGGUAGAAGAGGGUGCCGCGAUCAUGGCCCAAUUUUCGAAUGGGGUGGUUGGAACGUUCUUGGUCAACGACAAUACUGCGAGCCCAUACGGUUGGGAAUCUGCCACCGGCGACAACCCAUCAUACCCGAAGGCUGAGGUCCCCCUGGAUGUUUAUCGAAUCUUGGGCACGAAAGGGACAAUUAGUGCCCCUGACGAUACGCUAUGGAGCUACAAUCCAAAGGUAGAGAAUUGUGGCCAGGAAAUUGGGUGGCAUAGACGAAUGGAACGGAUUGAACUUCGAGUCACGGAAGGGACUCCAUUUAAAUUGCAAGCUGAACAUCUGGCCAGGGUUGUUCGUGGCUUGGAAAAUCAUCUUUGCUCGGGGGAGGACGGAUUAGCUGCAGUUGCUGUCUGUGAGGCUGUCAUUGUGGCUUUAAAGGCCAAGGACGGGCUUCCAGUCUCGGUUUCGGAUGUUUCACGUUUGUAG